GUGUGGUAGAUAAUACCAAUAGUUAAACAUGCAUUAGUGCUAAAGACAUAGUGCACUUUCUUAUUUAUAUUUUCCUUCGCGCCUGUUUGUGAGUGCUAUAUUUUGUUAGUGCUGGUUCACACCAGUUGCUUAAAUAUCUGCGCAGAUCUGAAGCCCCACACAUACUCACAUGGUGUCCCGUUACCACCUACAAGAAGAAGAUGCCGAUGCACAGACAACUGCACCAAGGCAAAGUUAUCGUCGUUCACGCCCCGAAUCUGCCGGGCUCUUGCAAACACCGCCAGAGCUUGGAGCUGCAAGCGAAGAACUCGCCCAGCAUUUCCGUGGAGCUAAGCAGGACCAAUACCACAGCCAGCUGUAAUCCCAGCCAGCGACGGCGACAGCAACGCUCUUCACUGCAUCGCCAGGAGUCCUGGUUUCGACAUUCCAUGCCGCCAGCUAUCAACAGAGACUUCGAGUCGUUGGAGCAUCUGCAGACGCAGGAGACAAGCAACGGCCUCGAUGAGCAGCUGGCUGCAUCGUUGAGCGGCAAGCUGCCCGUGCUCAGCCAUACGAGCAUCCAUCUGAACAGUGCCAAUAGCAAUCUGGGAUUCAUUGACUCCGACACGCCCAACACGCCCAUCACGCCGCAGUCCAGCUCCUUGGCUGGCACACUCUCCUCCUGUCAGCCGCCAGCAGAGCCCGGCGGUUCGCGGCACAGAUCGUCCCGUAAUCGCAAGGACUCCCGUGCCUCCAUCUUGUCGAAUGCGGCACGCGGAAUACGCAUGACCACUUCAUUCCUACGUCGUAAACGCAAGGAAUACGAAGAUGAUGAUGAAGAGCCACCAAACUUUGGCAGUUAUGACUCGACUGACGACGAUAAGCGCAUCAUAACGCUGAAUGGGCCGCAGCCAACAAAAUAUUGCAAUAACCGAAUAUCAACGGCUAAAUAUAAUGUCCUCACCUUUAUACCGUCGUUUCUCUUUGAGCAAUUUCGACGAUAUUCCAAUAUAUUUUUCUUACUAAUUGCAUUAUUACAACAAAUUCCGGAUGUAUCGCCAACGGGUCGCUACACCACACUGGUGCCACUCGUAUUUAUACUGUCAGUAAGCGCCAUUAAGGAAAUUAUUGAGGAUGUGAAACGACAUCGCGCUGAUAACGAAAUCAAUCAUCGUUUGAUUGAACGGCUAGAAAAUGGCACUUGGACCACUGUGCGCUGGUCCGAGCUGACAGUUGGUGAUAUUAUAAAGGUGGUCAUCGAUACAUUCUUUCCUGCCGACUUGAUAUUAUUAUCGUCUAGUGAACCGCAGGCUAUGUGUUUCAUUGAAACUGCAAAUCUGGAUGGCGAGACAAACCUGAAGAUUCGUCAAGGCAUGCCGUCGACGGCCAAGUUAUUGGACACAAAGGACUUGACGCAAUUACAGGGUAGAAUCGAAUGUGAGCUGCCAAAUCGCCUGCUAUACGAGUUCAAUGGCGUCCUCAAGGAGUUUGGCAGACCCCCCGUUCCAUUGGGCAACGAUCAGGUGCUGCAGCGCGGCGCUAUGCUCAGGAAUACGGCUUGGAUAUUUGGCGUAGUCAUCUACUCUGGACAUGAAACGAAGCUGAUGAAGAACUCAACGUCGGCGCCGCUGAAACGUUCGACUGUUGAUAAACUGACCAAUACACAGAUCUUGAUGCUGUUCAUGAUAUUGAUCUCACUCUGCAUAACGAGUGGGCUGUGCAACUUGUUUUGGACGCAAAAACAUUCCCCAACUGAUUGGUAUCUGGGCAUCGGAGACUUCAAGAGCUUGAGCCUCGGCUACAAUCUGCUGACCUUCUUUAUUUUGUACAACAAUUUGAUACCCAUUUCGUUGCAAGUGACGCUGGAGCUGGUGCGGUUCCUGCAGGCGAUCUUCAUUAACUAUGACAUCGAGAUGUACCACGCGGAGUCAAAUAUGCCAGCCAGUGCGCGCACAUCGAAUCUUAACGAGGAACUGGGCCUGAUCAAGUACAUAUUCUCGGAUAAGACGGGCACAUUAACCCGGAAUGUCAUGGAGUUCAAGAAAUGCUCCAUAGCCAAGCGCAUUUACCAAACGGAACGCACGCCCGAGGAAUCGGAGCUGGUGCAGAAUAUAUUGCGUAGGCACGAAUCCUCCAGGGAUAUUGAGGAGUUUCUAGUCUUGUUGUCUGUGUGCCAUACAGUUAUACCAGAGAAGAAGGAGGAUGGCACCAUUAUCUAUCAUGCCGCAAGUCCGGACGAACGAGCUUUGGUCGAUGGAGCUCGCAGGUUUGGCUACAUUUUUGAUACACGCACUCCCGAAUAUGUGGAGAUAAAUGCAUUGGGCAAGCGCAUGCGUUUCGAAGUGCUGAAUGUACUUGAAUUUACGUCGCAAAGGAAACGUAUGUCGGUCAUUGUACGCACGCCCGAGGGAAAAAUUAAGCUCUUUACCAAGGGUGCCGAUUCGGUCAUAUACGAGCGUCUCUCUCCCCGGGAUCAGGCGUAUCGUGAGGCCACGUUGCAGCAUUUAGAGGAGUUUGCCUCAGAAGGUUUGCGUACACUCUGUCUGGCCGUGGCGGAUAUCGAUCCCGAAGUCUACGAGGAAUGGACUCAUACACAUCACAAGGCAUCGAUCGCCCUGCAGUAUAGGGAGAGCAAGCUGGAGGACUCGUCUAAUCUGAUUGAGACCAAUUUACGUCUGCUGGGUGCAACGGCUAUUGAGGAUAAGCUACAGGAUGGCGUGCCAGAAACAAUUGAUGCUCUGCUCCAGGCUGGAAUAUACAUUUGGGUGCUGACGGGCGAUAAGCAGGAGACGGCCAUUAACAUUGGCUACUCCUGCAAGCUAAUCUCAAACACGAUGGACAUCCUCAUACUUAAUGAGGGCAGCUUGGAUGCCACACGUGAUGCUGUGCUGCGGCAUGUGGGCGAGUUCAAGAGCUCCUCGACCAAGGAUGCCAAUGUGGCGCUCGUCAUCGACGGGAAAUCUUUGAAGUAUGCCCUGACCUGCGAUCUGCGUGGCGAUUUCCAGGAGCUUUGCCUCAUGUGUCGCGUCGUCAUCUGUUGCCGCGUUUCACCCAUCCAAAAGGCCGAGGUCGUUGAUAUGGUGACACAGAGUACCAAGGCCGUGACCUUGGCUAUUGGCGAUGGAGCCAACGAUGUGGCUAUGAUUCAGAAGGCAAGCGUGGGCAUUGGCAUAUCGGGCGUUGAGGGUUUGCAAGCGGCCUGCGCCUCUGACUAUUCAAUUGCCCAGUUCCGUUUUUUGCGUCGCCUCAUACUCGUACACGGUGCCUGGAAUUAUGCGCGCAUCAGCAAGCUGAUCCUCUACAGUUUCUAUAAAAAUGUUUGCUUAUAUGUGAUUGAGCUCUGGUUCGCCCUCUACUCGGGCUGGUCAGGUCAAAUUCUGUUCGAACGCUGGACCAUUGGCCUCUACAACGUUGUCUUCACGGCCAUGCCCCCAUUCGCAAUUGGACUGUUUGAGAAGUUCUGCACGGCAGACACAAUGCUUAGGUACCCGCUGCUCUAUAAGCCCUCACAGAAUGCCAAACUCUUCAAUGUGCGCGUCUUUUGGAUAUGGAUCUUCAAUGCGUUGCUGCACUCGGUGUUUCUCUUCUGGCUGCCACUGUUCGCCUUCGAGUCGGAAUCCAUUUGGUCUGACGGCAAGACGAGCGACUAUCUGCUGCUCGGCAAUAUGGUUUAUACGUAUGUAAUUGUGACAGUCUGCUUGAAAGCCGGCCUUAUUACCAGCUCAUGGACCUGGCUAACGCAUGCCGCCAUUUGGGGAUCGAUUCUGCUCUGGUUUUUGUUUGUGCUGAUCUAUAGUCAUAUCUGGCCAUCGCUGAGCUUUGCGAGUAAUUUCGCCGGAAUGGACAGUCAGCUGCUGUCGACGCCGGUCUUUUGGUUCGCUUUGAUUCUGGUGCCCAUUGCCAGUCUGCUGAUCGAUGUCAUCUGCAAGCUUAUACAUAAUACCGUUUUCAAAACCCUGACGGAUGCUGUACGAGAGCAGGAGAUACAGCGUAAUGAUCCCUCGCAGGUGAUGGAAGAGUCGCGCUCCUCGGAAAUUCGUUUUAAGCAUGAUUUGGACAAGAGAUCGAGCGCCAAAAGGGAGAAGGCCCGAGUGCGAGAUUACCAUUCAGGACAGAGCAUAGAGUUUUCCGGUCGUCGUCUGCGUGUCGAGCAUUUGGAUUUCGAUGAAGAUCUGGAAGCCAUGAAUCAGCAACGGGAAUACCAUAGACGUCGGCACCGCUGGCAGGGCAGCGAGAUCCUGCACAUGUAGCUAAAGCAAGCUGCGAAGAGAGCAAGUUCCUUUGUCUCUAUAUACCAUAUAUGUAUAUAAUAUUUAUGUUUUACAUGUCGUCAAUUGAAAUAAAUUAUUUAUAUAAAUGUUAUACAGUAAGUGCUCAUCAAAUUGAUAGAUAGAAAUCUAUGUGUAUAUAUGUAUAUGCUCAGGGCAUGUCAAGCCAUAUCCAUUAUAUAUCAACCAGUCAGUCAAUAAUAAUGAAAGCUGUAGUAUUCAUACCUAUAUACAUUUACAUAUACAUAUAUAGAGGAUCAUCUCUGUACAGAUGCAAGUCUUUAAAUUGAUCCAACUGUGAUACUGAUUACUCUAGAUAAAUGAAUGUUUUCAAAGAGUUGCAAUUUAAUUUCAUAUUACAUGUUGUUCAUAUCUUAAGUCAAUUGUACCACGCUUAAAUUGAAAGUGAAAU